CUAUUAUCCUCUCCCUCUUUAGUCUUUGAGUUACUCGUAAAGGUAAGAAUCUCAUUGGGAGCAAAACCACAUUCAUUUCUCUUGGUGAGAGUUGUACUCAUGAUCUCCCACGAAGAGAAGACUAAAGGAUAGUGGCCAGCCAAGUGAGCCGUAUCACAUCGCUUUUUUUUCAACUGUUGAGGUUUCUACUCCAUCAUCCUGGAGUCGAUGAACUAUGCUUUGAAACUCAUAGUCAGUUUCUCCCUACUCAGCCAGUAAGCCACUCUGUAAAGGUAAGAAGAAUCAUUGCUAGCGAGACCCCCUCCAACUCCCUUGGUGCGAUUUGAACCAAAUGUCUCUUACUAAAUAGAGACUUGGGGUGGGGAACCAAUCAAUUGAUGGUAUAAUUAUCCCAACCAUGGAUAAAUGUUCACCGGGUUAACAUGGAUGAAAACAAUUAGAGGUUGAUGUGCAUGGUAACUAUGCGCGGAUGAUGAUAAGGUAUAGGAAGAGCUCGUACGUGGUGACCACGCGCGGGUUAGAAGAUAAAAUACUGUACAUGACGACUGUGGACGCAAGUUAAUAGAAGAUCAGGAACUACACAGUGACCGUGGAUGUCGGGGUAGGCUUAUCCAGAGAGCAUGUCCACAGCAACCAUGGACGCGAUCAAGUACCUUAGCCAAAGGAGCGUCCACAGCGACCCUGGACAUGGUAGUUGAAGCCUAUCCAAAUAAUCUAUGCAUGGUGUCUCUGGACAUCAUGGCAAGCUACAUGGCAACUCCGUACGACAAACUACAUCAAUGACGUCUUUUCAGAGAUACACACAAUCAACAAAGGAUCCCGCGGAUCCGGAUUAGUGAUUUGCGUAUCAAUACGAACAUGGCGACCACGUCGCCCAAAUCUUUUAUGUCUUAUUUCCUACUAUAAAAUCAUGUAAUCUUUGGAAAGCUAAAUACACUGAAUACAUUACAUACAUUUAUCUCUCUAAAGAUUAUCCUGAGCACUUUAAUUAUUUUCGGCUAUCUCUUAUUAAUUAUUUUCCGGUGGAUUUACUUCCAUCAUUUUGGUGCUUUCAUUGAGAGCUGAAAAUACACUCAGGCUAUUUCAACGUUGUAACAAUGGCUACUACAAGGGCGGAGAAGGAUGUACCCGCUGAUGGACACACUGCGUCCAACUCAUCGGGUCAAGACUUGCGUAACCGACUCAGUCGCCCUGCGGUGGUUCCCGUAGAAGUGCCCGAUGUCCAUGGUGCCAUCCUAGGGAUGACCAAGAUGUUGGGUACUCUUGCGAAGGACGUACGCCGUGCAAUUCCUAGCACUCAUCAAAAGCCUCCUCAACCACACGGAACUCAAGUUCCGACUAAUCAUCCGGCGGUGGAGGUGGAGGUGACAUCACCGGCGCCAUCUCAAAAAAAUGGAGAGAGAAGAGAGGGACGAGGAAUCCCUGUCUCUUCGAACCAACCAGCUCGAAGUGAGGCCUCGGUGUUCAGUAGAUUGGGAGACCGACGACGCUCUGCUAAAGACCGUCUCGGACGAUCGCACUAUGUUGAUAAAGAAAGGGAUACACAAAACCACCGUGGACGACAUGACCACGGCGAAGAGGAGCGUGUGCAAGCUCCCAAAGUCACCCAUAUGACUACCAGUCACCGUUCACUUGGACACAUGACUGAGCAUGUCGGCGGGACUGAAAUACGUUCACAAAAACCGAGGAACAUAGAAGUAGAGGACGGUGGCAGGAAACGUGUGACGAUUCAAGCAGAUAGAACCAAGAGUGAUCUAAAUGACGUGGAGGUGAGGAAGCUAUGGAGAAAAAUCGAGGACCUGCAACGACGGGUAGAUGCAGGAGAUGGAAACACAGACGCUAAACUAAAGACGGUAACCCCGUUCACUACACGGAUCAUGGCAUACCCGUUACCAAUUGGCUUCAAGGCGCCCCAUGUCAAGGCCUAUUCGGGAACCUCAGAUCCCCAGGAACAUUUGUCACGUUAUUAUGCUAAUAUGAUUAUGAUUGGGGCAUCGGAGGAAAUAAUUUGUCGAUGUUUCCUAGCUACGUUGGAGGGAACUGCGUGUGAGUGGUUCAAUUCUCUCCCCCAUGGCUCGAUAGAUGAAUGGGAGGACUUAGCGCAAAGGUUUCUUCAACACUUUGCCGCUAGCAAAAGAACCAAGCAACACUACUCACACCUCCUGACCGUGAAGCAGAAGAAGGGUGAGGACUUGAAAGAUUUCGUGAUACGGUGGAGGAAGGAGUCUUCUGCCGUGCAUGGGGCGGACGACCAAACUCGCCUUGCCAUGUUCCAGGCAGCGUUGCGGGCUGGGGAGUUCGCCUCAAGUCUCAUCCGGGACCCGCCAAGGUCGUACCAGGCCGCCCUUCAAAGAGCUGACCGAUACGCCGAUGCGGAGAUCCGAGAGGUGCAAAAGAAAAAGGACGAGUCAUCGGAACCUUGGAGGGAGGGGACUGUCCCUCACCACAAAAAACAAAAGAAAAACAAGAAAGAUUUCAAUUAUGGUCCAAGGCAGAUUCCUAAUACAAGCUCGAUGCCUCUAACUCAUCCUGUGGGUACGAUCUUGGACUAUGCCGAGCGCACGGGUCUCAUGCAAGGGCCAAGGCCGGAGGGUGAAGUGUACGCUGUCUCUGGUGCUAAAAAGUAUUGUCGCUAUCACCGGGUGGAUAAUCACGACACGGAGGAGUGCUUUACCUUGAAACGCGAGAUUGAAAGACUGAUCCAAAGAGGCCAUCUGAGUAACUUCGUCAAAGGGGCUGCACAGCAACCCAACCAUGUAUGGCGGAAAUCAUCAGAACAAGUGGCAUGCACGCAGCCGGAGACCCGAAGGGCAGAGAAAAGACACAUUGGAAAUGAGAGUGACGAGGAUGCCUCGGAUGAGCCAGGGCCGAAGCGAGACAAGAGGAACCAUGACAUCAAUUUCAUUUAUGGAGGUAAUGCAGGCGGGGACUCUUCGUCCCUUCGAAAGAAAUGGGCUCGUCAACUGUACAUUGGUGAGAUCAUGCACUCUCCAAUGAAAAAGAAGGUACGACGUGAACCUAUAUGCUUUACUGAUGAUGACCUACCACCAUGUCCAAGCCCACAUCGGGAUGCCAUGGUUAUCAAAAUGGAGAUCAAUGAUCUUGUCAUACACCGUACCCUGGUCGACACUGGAAGUUCCGUUAACAUAAUGUACCUCGACACUUUCGAGAAACUGAAGUUGUCCAAAGGAAAACUCCAUCCGAUAAAAACCCCGUUAUCUGGGUUCACGGGUGACUCUAUCGAGGCAGAGGGAGUUGUCACGGUCCCGGUAGAGGUGGGGGACACAUCCCAUAAAGUGAAACUCAACAUGGAGUUCGUAGUUGUCCGACUGACAUGUGCACAUAAUCUUAUACUCGGACGGCCAGGCCUGGAAGAUUUGCAGUGCAUUGUGUCCCCGGCACAUCUUUGUAUUAAGUUCCCAACACCAACCGGAGUGGGGAUAGCACGCGGGAGCCAGAAGCUCGCCCGAACAUGCUACAUAAAAAUCACAAAGAAGGUGGGGCGGCAUGGCCUCCAGGUAAACACUGUGGCCACACAAUACCUACAAGAUGAAGAGCGAAGACCCCGUGCUGAACCAGCAGAAGGGACAGAAGAGGUCACCCUUGACCCUGCAACCCCAGAGCGCAAGGUUAAGAUAGGCACCGGAUUGUCAGCUGAGCUCCGCGCUGAGGUCAUAACUGUCCUGACUAUGUACCAAGGCAUAUUUGCAAGAGGACCAGAGGACAUGCCGGGCAUCAGUAGAGAUGUCAUCUCUCAUCGCCUAGACGUAGACACUAUGUCAAAACCGGUGAAACAAAAGAAACGUUACAUGUCCUCGGACAGGCGGGAAUUCGUAAGGAAAGAAGUGGGCACCUUGUUAAAAAUCGGCCACAUCAAGGAGGUAAAAUACCCAGAAUGGUUGGCAAAUGUGGUAUUGGCACCUAAACCCCCAACGUGGAGGAUGUGUGUUGAUUACACUGACCUAAACAAGGCAUGCCCGAUGGAUCCAUUCCCAUUGCCUAACAUCGACCAAUUGGUGGACGAGACAGCGGGGUGUGAAUUGAUGAGUUUCAUGGAUGCUUUCAGUGGAUACCACCAAAUUCGCAUGCAUGAGGAGGAUGCAGAGAAGACCUCAUUCAUGACUCCAGAGGGUGUUUUCUGUUACUUAGUCAUGGCGUUUGGACUGAAAAACUCUGGGGCAACGUACACUCGCAUGAUCUCUAAACUUUUUCGACCCGUCCUAGGCCGCACCAUGGAGGCCUACGUGGAUGAUAUGAUUGUGAAGAGUAAAAGAGCAGGUACGCAUGCCGUGGAUUUGGCAGAGGUGUUCAAAAUCAUGGAGAAGUUCAAUCUUCGUCUCAAUCCAAAGAAGUGCACGUUCGCCGUCCAAGGAGGGAAGUUCCUGGGUUACUUGGUGAGUAGAAGAGGAAUCGAGCCAAAUCCAGAGAAAAUCAAGGCCAUACUCGAAAUGGAACCUCCUCGUAAUGUCAAAGAAGUGCAACGAUUGACGGGACGCUUAGCGGCUUUGAACCGCUUCUUAUCAAAACUAGCAGAGAAAGCCACGCCAUUCUUCCACAUCAUGAAGAAAUCAAAGGGUUUCGUAUGGACUGAGGAGUGCCAAAAGUCAUUCGAGGGAUUGAAAAACUACCUCUUGUCUCCUCCUGUCUUGUCCAAACCUGAGGCGGGGGAGACAUUAUACCUAUACCUAGGGGUUUCACCAAGUGCAAUUAGUUCUGUCCUGGUGCGUGAAGAUGGCGGCGUCCAGAGACCCGUUUACUACGUAAGCAAAACUUUGAGGGACGCUGAGCUACGGUACACAACCAUAGAAAAAACUGUUCUGUCCGUGGUGUGGACGGUCAAACGGCUCACACAAUACUUCCAAGCUCACCCUGUCCAUGUACUGUCACACCAACCCCUGGGUGCCUUAAUGAGAAGUCCCACGGCUUCCUCGAGGAUGAUCAAAUGGGCAGUGUAUCUAAGUCAAUUUCAUAUAGAGGUGAAGCCAAGACCUUCCAUCAAGGGGCAAGCUCUUGCAGAUUUCAUAGUAGAAUGCACAGCGCGGGAGGAAGCAACGAAGAUGAAGCAUGGCGACGAUGAACAAGAGUGGUGGAUAUUGUCCACGGAUGGCUCCUCCGCGGCUAAAUCUUGCGGGGGAGGGGUGGUCCUCACCACGCCCGAAGGCUUCAGGGCCUAUUACGCUAUCCGGUUCAACUUCAAGGUGUCGAAUAAUGAAGCAGAGUACGAGGCUCUACUAUGUGGUCUACGCUUGGCGGCAAACAUGAGGGCGGAGAAGGUCAAGAUACGGUGUGAUUCAAAACUAGUGGUUGGACAGAUCACGACGGAGUUUGAGGCGAAGGAAGAACGGAUGCGGCUAUAUCGUGACGCUGCCCUGGAACUUCUGAAGUUGUUCAUCGCCUAUGAAAUUGAACAGAUACCAAGAGCGCAAAAUGUCGAAGCAGACAUGUUAUCCAAAUUAAGUGCAGAGACACCGGAAAGGAUUUCAAAGAUUGCAAGGAUAGAAGAGUUGGACACUUCCAGCAUAUAUGCGUGCCCUGUCCAGGCCAUAACCACGAGGGACGCAGACUGGAUUGACUGCCUCAUCAAGUAUAUCAACGAGGGAGUGCUGCCCGCGGAGGAGGUUGAGGCCAAGGUGACUAAGAUGAGGGCGCCGAGUUAUACCAUUUUGAAUGAGAAACUGUACAAGAGGUCUUACAAUGGCACGCUUCUCAAGUGCUUACGACCAGAUGAGGCCAAGGUCGCCAUGGAAGAGAUACAUGCAGGGAUAUGCUCAGCUCACCAAGGAGCACACACCAUGUCCCGAAAGGUAAUCCUACAAGGUUUCUUCUGGCCAACCAUAGUUAAGGAUUGCGCUGAAUUUGUCAAGAGGUGUGUGGUGUGUCAAGAGUUCCAGAAAUCUCCGGGACGUCCGGCCACCAACUACACCCCCAUCAGCACGGCUAUACCUUUCGCAAGGUGGGGAAUAGAUCUCAUUGGUGCCUUACCAAGGGGAACAGGGAGCGUGAGAUGGGUUAUCGUUGCCAUUGACUAUUUUACUAAAUGGAUAGAAGCAGUACCCCUAGCAAGCAUCACUGAAGGGCAAUGCAGAAAAUUUGUCAUGAAGCACAUCCUUUGUCGCUUUGGAGUACCCCAACAGAUCAUAACCGAUAAUGGGAGGCAAUUCGGGGCGUCUGGGUUUAACGAAUUCUGUGAGAGUUGGGGGAUCAAACACAGCAAUGCGUCAGUUGCCUAUCCCCAAGCGAAUGGCCAAGUGGAGAAUGCAAACCGCACGAUCAUGGACGGUUUGAAGAAAAAGCUGGAAGCAGCCGGAGGGGAGUGGGCUGAAGAACUACCACAGAUACUCUGGGCAUACAGGACCACACCAAGAAAGGCCACAGGGGAGACACCAUUCGCCUUGACAUAUGGUUUCGAGGCGAGGGCACCUGCGGAAGUAAUUCUCCAUAGCCGCCGAGAAGAGGAAUAUGACCCCGAGACGAACGAGGAGGUCAUGGCGACCGAGCUUCUUUUUAUUGAAGAAAGAAGAGAGGCGGCUUUCUGCCGUGCAGAGAACUAUAGAAGGCAGGUGAAAGGAUAUCAUGAUUCUCGAGUUCGCAAACGCAACUUUGAAGUUGGGGACUAUGUCUUGAGAAAAAGGGAGGUCAGCAAACCCUUGGAAGGGGGGAAAUUUGCCAAAAAUUAUGAAGGCCCUUACGUGAUUAAAUCAGUGAUCCGUCCAGGGACGUUCAAACUCCAGACGCCGAAGGGAAAAGAAAUUGAGAGGACUUGGAACGCAGAACACUUGCUCAAGUUUUACCAUUGAAAAUUUAUCAUUGAUACUCCAACCUGAUGAUUAUGAUGUAUGGUAACCACGUAUGGUGGUAAACGCGGUCCUUUUCCAUCCACUGUUUUCAAAUAAGAGAUCUCCUUGAUCCACACAAGAGUGAAUAAUGGCAGUCCCUGGCCGCAAAAAAAAAAAAAAAAAAAAAAAAAAAAAAAAAAAAAAACAUGGUGUCGUUCAAAGACACUGUGGGUGUCAAGCUCACCCAAAACAAAAACAAAUUACAAGGUGUCAUCCAAGGACACCGUGGGUGUAAAACUCACCCAAAACAAAAAAAAAAAACCAAAAAAAAAAAUGAAAUAAAAAACUAGUAAGUAGCCAGGCAUGUCUCCUAUGACAUAGCUGAAAUUCUCAACACGCAAGGGGUAUAGACUCGCCCCUAGGAAGGGGACGAGGAUACAUCGCAAAUCGAUCCCAAC